AUGCCUAACUGGGGUGGAGGAGCGAAAUGCGGAGCCUGUGAGAAGACUGUCUACCACGCAGAGGAAAUCCAGUGCAACGGGAGGAGUUUCCACAAGACCUGUUUCCACUGCAUGGCCUGCAGGAAGGCGCUGGACAGCACCACGGUGGCAGCUCACGAGUCAGAGAUCUACUGUAAGGUCUGCUACGGGCGCAGGUACGGCCCCAAAGGGAUCGGGUACGGACAAGGCGCUGGCUGCCUCAGCACGGACACAGGCGAACACCUGGGCCUCCAGUUCCAACAGUCCCCAAAGCAGGCACGUUCAGCCACCACCAGCAGCAACCCUUCCAAGUUCGCGAAGUUUGGAGAAUCAGAGAAGUGCCCUCGAUGCGGAAAGUCAGUCUACGCUGCUGAGAAGGUGAUGGGAGGUGGUAAGCCUUGGCACAAGACCUGUUUUCGCUGCGCCAUCUGUGGGAAGAGUCUAGAGUCCACAAACGUCACUGACAAAGAUGGGGAACUUUACUGCAAAGUGUGCUAUGCCAAAAACUUUGGCCCUACAGGUAUUGGGUUUGGGGGCCUCACACACCAAGUGGAAAAGAAAGAUUGA